AUGUUGAGCAUCAAAGUCAAGCAGUAUUUGACCUUUGCAAAUGGCCUCUUCGAGUGUCUAUGCUUCGGGGGUACCAUCUUCGGCUGGGCCUCCCUGGUCUUUGUACUGAAGAAGGAGGGGUAUUUCUCCGAUCUCUGUGACUCAGUCAGCAACAUCAGCCACCAUGGAGAGAGGAACAUGGACUGUGAUCUACAGGAUCAGCACUUCACCCUGGUCUUCACGCUGGCAUCGUUCUCGCUCUCUUUCAUCACCCUGCCCUGUGGGUUCCUGUUUGACUACUGUGGCACCAUGGUGACACGAUUCACAGCCAUAUCUCUGUACACCUCUGCCAAUUUAAUGAUUGCCUUCUCCACUCCAGAUUCUGAUAUCCUGCUGUUCCCUGCAGCCUGCAUGAUCGCAGGUGGUGGAAUCCUCUUCUUCACCACCAACAUACAGGUUGGGAAUCUGUUCGGGAACAAACGUGCCACUGUCAUCACUCUCUACAAUGGGGCUUUCGGAUCGUCAGCAGCCAUGUAUCUGCUGGUGAAGGGUUUGUACGAAUCUGGUGUAUCCCUGAGAUCCAUGUUCAUCUUCAUCAGCUGCUUCAGCUCCAUCCACAUUUGCAGUACCCUUUUCCUGCUCCCACGGACACAAAUUCCCAACAAGCUCCCAAAGGACUACAGCUAUGGGAUCACUUAUACAGGUUUCGGAUUGAAAUCGUUAUUCCGAGCACAGGAGACUCCGAGCCAGAGGAAAGCUGUAAGAGGUGGAGAUGGAACCACCAGGUGGAUCCCCAGGAAGUGGACAGAGGUGGAAGAGCCUGGCAGAGAGACGUCUAAAAUCAUGCAACCAGACAGGGGAGACAGAAUGGAAAAGGAGGAAAUGGUUGACGGUUGGAAAACUCAGACCAAAGGACGAGGAGGAGUGGAAGAGGAGACCCCAUCGUUCAGGAGCUGCAUCUUCUCAAAGGUCUUCCUCACUCACCUGCUCUGGCUUUCAGUCAUUCAGCUGCGACAUUUCCUCUACAUUGGUACCCUCAACCCCAUGCUCAACCUGCUCGCCAACGGUGAUUCCGGGCAAGUAAGCAGACUGACGAAUGCCUUUGCCAUCACACAGAUGAGCAGUGUUUUUUGUGCCCCAUGGAAUGGCCUGAUUAUGGAUCGACGCAAAGACAAACCAGCGGACUGUGCCACCUCGAAGAAACUGGAUGCCAUGAUGGCGGCUGUCCUCUCUCUGACCGUUACCGUCACACACGCCGUCCUGUUCGCUGUCUGUGCCACCAUCCCUGUGCUCCAGGUUCAGUACUUGACCUUCAUCCUCCAAGUGAUUAGCCGCACCUUCCUGUAUGGAGGGGACGCAGCAUUUAUCUCUCUCAUAUUCCCUUCCUGCCAUUUUGGGAAGGUCUAUGGACUGGUGCAAGCUCUCGCAGCUGUUAUUUCUCUUCUUCAGUACCCAUGCUUUACUUUGAUCCAGGGGCCUUUGCACGGUGACCCACUUUAUCUGAAUCUCGGAUUCAUCGCCAUGCUAAUGCUAGCGUAUAUCCAUCCCGUAAACAUCUACCUCCACUGCCGACAGGAGAGUCAGAGGGAAAGCACGUGCACACAUCACUGGCAAGACAACAGUCACUCCAUCAACGGCAGCAAGACCACAGUCUCUCCCCAACAUCAGCAAGAGAACAGUCUCCCCAUCAACAUCAGUAAGAGAACAGUCUCUCCAUCAACGUCAGUAAGAGAACAGUCUCUCCAUCAACGUCAGCACAACAACAGUAUCUCCAUCAGCGUCAGCAAGAGAACAGUCUCUCCAUCAACGUCAGCAAAACAACAGUCUCUCCAUCAGCGUCAGCAAGAGAACAGUCUCUCCAACAACUUCAGCAAAACAACAGUAUCUCCAUCAACGUCAGCAAAACAACAGUCUCUCCAUCAGCGUCAGCAAGAGAACAGUCUCUCCAACAACUUCAGCAAAACAACAGUAUCUCCAUCAACGUCAGCAAAACAACAGUCUCUCCAUCAGCGUCAGCAAAACAACAGUCUCUCCAUCAACGUCAGUAAGACUACAGUUUCUCCAUCAACGUUAGCAAGACAACAGUCUCUCCAUCAAUGUCAGCAAAACAACAGUCUCUCCAUCAACGUCAGCAAGAGAACAGUCUCUCCAUCAACUUCAGCAAGAGUACAGUCUCUCCAUCAACUUCAGCAAGAGAACAGUCUCUCCAUCAACGUCAGCACAACAGUAUCUCCAUCAGUGUCAACAAGACAACAGUAUCUCCAUCAGCGUCAGCAAGAGAACAGUCUCUCCAUCAACUUCAGCAAGACAACAGUCUCUCCAUCAACGUCAGCAAAACAACAGUCUCUCCAUCAACGUCAGCAAGAGAACAGUCUCUCCAUCAACUUCAGCAAGAGAACAGUCUCUCCAUCAACGUCAGUAAGAGAACAGUCUCUCCAUCAACGUCAGCAAAACAACAGUCUCUCCAUCAGCGUCAGCAAGACAACAGUCUCUCCAUCAGCAUCAGCAAAACAACAGUCUCUCCAUCAACGUCAGUAA